AUGUCAUACCGCAACAGACCACGGGAAGACUAUCCAGCUUCGUCAAUGUACCCUGAGGAGGAACCUGUCAACCGGUGGGCAGCUGCCGCGCAAGCUGCUGAAAGUGCUUAUAAUGGUGGCACCUCAACUGGCUACCGCUCUUGGGAGACUGUUGAAGAGGAGCCAGAGGACUACGACAACAGCGACUGGCUUGAGCGCAAGACAAAGAAAGUGCAGAAUGAUUCUCUGUUGAGCACUCGACGAGCUUUAGAGCGUCUGAAUGAGACCGAUUCCUUGGCUCAACAGAACAUGGAGAAACUUGCUCAACAGUCUGAGCAACUGUCCAAAAUGGACGGCCGCCUCGAAAGCGCUCAUAGCCAUGUUAAGGUAUCCGACGCCAAAGCUGACCACCUCAAGUCGCUGAAUCGCUUCUUCAUGCUUCCAUCCUUUGGGUCCAAGAAGGCAAAGAAGAAGGAAGCAGCGGCCAAGCGUGAGGCCGAGGAACGUGCAGCUCGAGAGGACGAGCGGCGACUGGAAGAAAAGGAGCGAGCAACUCGAGUGGAAAGAAUGCAACAAGUUCAAGGGGCACAAUACACUUCUGUAGGACGAAUGUAUACUACUCCGGAUGGCAUUGAAAGAGAUGAUACAGAAGAGGAGAUUGACAGGAAUUUGGAUCAAAUAUCGUCAGGACUUUCGAAAUUGAAGAUGAUGGGACAGAUCAUGAACUCAGAGUUGGAUGCACAAAACGUUCAAGUGAAUCGUCUUGCAGAUCGGUCUGAGUCGACCAAUGAGCGCUUGAAAGUUACAACACACAAAGUGCAAAGAAUUAUUGGCAAAUAG